GCAUUUACAGUGUGUAUUGCAUUUUACAUUUUGUUACCAUUAUUUAAAUAUUCCACCUAUGCCAUUCUGUGUUUGAUAUUGAAUCGAAACAUUUGUACAUGAUUUUGAUGUAAACCAUCCCCAGUCAGCUACUGUAAGCUAUUGAUUGAGGUCAGUUGUAGUAUCAUCGUGUGAAUGUACUGUGCGUCCUACUUUGAGAAUUGACCUAUUGCGAUGGUAUGAAAGGGGUAAUCUUGGUAAAGAGGUGGCUUUACUCUUUCUUUGUCCACUGUCGUUGACUUCUUAUUAUAGCUCAGUGGUCAUUUUCGAACGUACGCGAAUCCACGUAGCAGGCGGAGUUCUGUUUCCAUGACAAUUACGUCAAUAUUAGUGUCGGGUAACUAAAGGUCAUGCUAAAGACAAGCGCGAGUCACACAGAAGGAAACAGAAUGGCGGAGGUAAACUUAACUGUUGUGCUUUAAAACGGCAAGAUAUUAUCGUAUGGUGAGGCCUCAGUGUCGUUUCGUUUUCGUGGUACUUGGUUUAUUCUAUGCAUGGUCGCGGGAAGGACAGUCUGAGCGGAGCAAAGCCUCGCUAGUAAGCCUGAAGGAGUUUGACUUUACUCAGAAGGAUAGCUCAGCUGGCUAGCAUGUUUGACUUUACUCGGAAGGAUAGCACAGCUGGCUAGCUGAAUAUGCUAAUCUACUAGAUUACUUUUUGACUGUUUUUUGCAAGUCAGUUAGCUAAAUGACGGGCGACUAAAGCCAAGUAGAGAACUGUAGUUCGCUACCUAGUAAUCCAUGUUUACGUUCAAUAUUGUGAAGCUACUUGUCGGCCUUUCUCCAGCGUACUUCUGCCCGUGUUAGCUUGCUAGCUUUGUGCUUGAUUGCACUCUGCAGAGGUUAGCAGCACUAGCGGUAGCUAGCAGUACAAGUUCGUUUCGUUCUUUUAAAAACCACAUAUAUUAAAGUCAAGCAAGCUAGCUUCUCUAUUUUCUAGGAAGCUUGUUCUAAUGCUGAUUGAAUUGAUCAAAUACUAUAACUAGCUUUUUUGUUACCUAAUGUGUCUAACUAGCUUGUUUUUAGAUUUAUGAUGUAGCAGGGCUCUGAAAAAAUAUAAUAAUGCAGAUCAAGAUUUGAAAUGGAAUGUUUUUCACACAACCCAGGUUCUGAGUUAGUUACACCAUUAUUCUGGCAGAUCGUUGAAAUCCAGCGUCAAGUUGUUCGCCAUCUCUGCUGUUUCUAAAAUGACACCGUAUGAGGGAGACAUAGUCAAUGGAAUAACAACAACACUGAAUGUUGUAAUAUAUGGAUAGAUAAACUUGUCAGUAUUGUCUUAUUUGACUUGUUCAUGUUUUCUCACAGUCCUGUAGGGGGCGACCAAGGUCAAAGUUGAAUUCCAAUUUCCUUAGCUGCUAUUAUCAGUGACAUACUGCAUACAGUAGUAUCAUCUUUACAGAUAUGUUCAGUGUGUUGUCAAGAUUGGUUGCCUGGUACUGUAAACAUCCCCGACUGGAAGCUGUGAUGUACAUGUUCUAGCUUUCAGUAGGGUGUUUGCUGCUCCAGGCUUCCUCAGACUCCUAGACUAGUGUUGUUGUUCGUAGAUUUAGGGCUGCAUUCCAGAUCUAGGGCUGCAUUCCAGUCAAAAUUAGCACCUUCUCUUCCUCCCAUCACUUGGAGUAAACCCUCCAGUGAUGAAUGUAUGGCGGAGUGGGUGAGGGAAGAGGUUGCAAGUAAAAGUGGAUCGGGUCCUACCCUAUUAAGGUGCCACCUUCCUCAGGUUUGCAUCUUCAUUUAAAUAACUGAAUGUUAUUGUUUGUUUGUCUGUUUCACAGACAAAAAAAGUGUGUCUGACUCAAGUGAGUGCGCUUUACUUCCAGUUCUACUGCUGUGGGAAUGGAAGUAUCCUAGCUUCUCCGUUCUGAGUGGAGUUACUGUAAACAUCCUACACUCAGCUAUAGCCUGUAUGGAAGGCUGGGGAGAGGGUGUUUACUUUGACUGGCUUGGACAGCUUCAAUCUGCAUGGAUGGGAUUUAAUGGAUCACUCAUGAAGAGAUGGAAACAUUUAUUUUUGUACAAACAGAAGAAGGCUGCAAUUAAUUCUCAUUGGUAGUUUUUAUGAGAAACCUGACCUAUGUAGAAGACGCAAUCAAUGGAUGAUAUUUGGAUGCAUUGUCACUGAUCAAUAAUGACAAUACAGUUUAUUGCAAAAAAUUAAACUUUGCAAAUGUGUAUUGAUUGACUUUCUUUUAUUCCUUGGAAUGUUUAUAAUGUAUAUCACAGUUUAUAGCAUACUAUUAGCCCAACAUUUUUAUGGACCUGGUUGAAAAUGGUAGUGAUUGCUGAAGAAAAUGCACAUUCAUUCACAAAUUGAAAUGUUUUGCCAGUUAACACACCUGUAUUCAAAAUCCAAGUAGGCCACACAUAAUUUUAAGCUUAAUCAUUUCAUCACAUUAUUUACAUAAAUUAGUUUUCUACUGUUAUGGGAACAAAUGUAAUAACCAUUGAGCAUAUAUAUCUUGGCGUGAGUAACCAAUCAUGAUACUGUACACGAUCCCAUUCAAAAUAGAAGAAUAGAGUGGAAACCUUUUACAAAUGUAUCAACGGUAGACUAUGUCUUCUGGUCAUCCCAGCCACAGGGGGAGGGCAUCCCAAACCAGCCUGCUUUUCUCUCCACAGGAAGACUAUCCGCCAUAUUUGUUGUCGCAGAUUCGCCAGAAACCUUCCUCAAAACAAAUAAAAAUACGAUUUUCAAUUACUUAUUCAAUAAGUAAUGUAGAUAUGUACAUUUAUUUAUGUAACUCUUAGGGUAUUACGUUUUAUUUUACAAACAUGGCGACGUCAACUGCAGGUGGGACUUCCUCCAUCUUCAUGUGUAAACUGUGCAACCUGUUCUCUCCACACCGAGCACAGCUCCUCUCCCAUGUGUCUGAGAAGCACCACACAGAGGGGCUCAACCCUGAUGACAUCAUUGUGGCCCUCAUGCCAUUGACAGCUCCACUGGAGAAGGGUGGAGGUGAGCACCUCCUCAAAGCAACCAGGGAUACCAAGGGUGGAGAUAGCCCUGUUAAGAGAAAACGAGGACGUCCUAAGGGCUCAACCAAGAAGAUUGUAGCUGAUGGGCCCAAUGCAGAGACCACUAGCCCCAACCAGAAAAAGCAGAAACAACAGACAGUAGAGGGCCAAUCAGAAUCUGGGCCAGUGGACGAGGAAGAACCAGAGGACGACAAUGCCCUGGACUGCAAGAAGUGCAACCGAGUGUUCGGCAACAGACGACAGAUCAUGAAACACAUCUGCUUGAUAGACCUCAGAGAGGAUGAGGAUCAGGAGGAGGACAAUGACAAAGAGUUUGAGGCUCAACCUGGCGCAGCAGAAAGCAAAGAGGAGGAUAGGGAGAGAAGCUCAAAGAGGCCACGGCCACUCCGCUCUGAGAAGGUUUCCCUUGUGAAGGAGCAGGAACCAGCAGGAGGCACCAAGAACCCCAUCAUCAGUGUGGUUUUGACCGCUCAUGAGGCACUUCCUGGUGCGACAAGGAUCGUGCCGAUCGAGGCCACUCCGGCUGAGCCGGUUGCUACAGCAGACACAGACCCUCAGGAGGCAGGACAGAAGAGAGGAUUUCAGGAAUAUUCCAUACAACAAGCUGCUUAUGAAGUGCCAUUAAAGUCAAACAGAAUAGGCCAGACCCAGUUGAAGAUCUUCACCUGCGAAUACUGCAACAAGGUCUUCAAGUUCCGCCACUCCUUGCAGGCCCAUCUGCGAACCCACACCAACGAGAAGCCCUUCAAGUGCCCACACUGCGACUACGCCAGCGCCAUCAAAGCCAACCUCAGCGUUCACAUGCGCAAGCACACGGGAGAGAAGUUCAGCUGUGAACACUGCUCCUUCCAGUGCCUCAGCAAGGGCCACCUCAAGGUGCACGUGGAGAGAGUUCACCACAAGAUCAAGCAGCACUGUCUCUUCUGCAAGAAGAAGUACUCUGAUGUGAAGAACCUGCUCAAACACAUGAGGGAGAGCCACGACCUAGAGGACAAGAAGGUGAAGGACUCGUACCAUGAGUACAGUCUACAGACCAGAGAAGGCAAGAGGCAGCUCCUCUACGACUGCCAGAUCUGCGACCGCAAGUUCAAGAACGAGCUGGACCGUGACCGCCACAUGAUGGUCCACGGUAGCGAGAGGCCGUUCGGCUGCGAGCUGUGUGACCACGGCUGCACCAAGUUCCAGGCUCUCCAGGCUCACGUCCGUAAGCAUCCCUUCCUCUACGUGUGUGCCGCCUGCCAGCAGAAGUUUGUCAGCUCCGUGCGGCUGAAGGCCCACCUGAAGGAGGCUCACCCAGAGUCAGAGGAGGCGGCUGGGUUCUCAGAGUCCAUCAACAGCAGCUUCUGUCUGCUGGAGCCGGGGGACGACAUCAAGAGAGAGAUGCUGAGGCAGGAUGAGAUCAGAAUGGCUGAGGAGCUAUCUCUACUCAACGCCCAGCAGGAUGAGGAGGAGGCCCUCGCUGGUGACCCUUCAGAGGAGCAGGAGGAGGCCCUCGCUGGUGACCCUUCAGAGGAGCAGGAGGAGGCCCUCGCUGGUGACCCUUCAGAGGAGCAGGAGGAGGCCCUCGCUGGUGACCCUUCAGAGGAGCAGGAGGAGGCCCUCGCUGGUGACCCUUCAGAGGAGCAGGAGGAGGCCCUCGCUGGUGACCCUUCAGAGGAGCAGGAGGAGGCCCUCGCUGGUGACCCUUCAGAGGAGCAGGAGGAGGCCCUCGCUGGUGACCCUUCAGAGGAGCAGGAGGAGGCCCUCGCUGGUGACCCUUCAGAGGAGCAGGAGGAGGCCCUCGCUGGUGACCCUUCAGAGGAGCAGGAGGAGGCCCUCACUGGUGACCCUUCAGAGGAGCAGGAGAAGGCCCUCGGUGAUGAUCCUUCAGAGGAGCAGGAGGAAGGGCUGGGAGAGAGGGAGGAACAGGGAGAGGGGCUGGGGGAUGAGGAGGAACAGGUGGUCCCUGAUCCGGGCCCUGAGGGGCAGACUGUAGAGACAUGUGUGUUGAACCAACCUGUACAAGAGACUGAGACUCUACAAGACAGAACUGAGCCAAUCAGUCCUGAACAAACCCAGACAGCAAGCAAAGGCACGACCCAGGAAGUAAUCAGUGAGGAGAGACUUGAUAAGACACUGGUGGAGGAAGACAAGCCUCAUGGGGAGAAUAACGUCAUUGUGGCUGAACAAGAUACUUUGGUAGAAAGGCCUUCAGGCAAGGAGGAGUCAGUGGGCCACCAGCAGCAUCCAGAAGAAGACAAAAGUUCUUCAUCAACAUCACAAGGUCAUGUUGAGGAGACUCUCCGGUCUUUGGUUCUGAUUCAGGGGGAGGUCAUAGGUCAAACAAACGCUUCAGCUGGCCCACAAGGAGAAGAUGGCACAACGGAGGAGAGGAGCGCUUUCCAACAGAUUCUAGAUAAGUUGCAGAAAAGGCAGCUGAACAUGGUUGUCUUUGACAGAAUCCGAAAAGUAUACGGGGACCUGGAAUGUGAAUACUGUGGAAAGCUCUUCUGGUACCAAGUGCACUACAACAUGCAUGUGCGUACUCACACAAAAGAGCAUCUACAUUACUGUACCCAGUGCAGGUAUUCUUCCAUCACCAAGAACUGUCUGAAGCGACAUCUGAUCCAGAGACACAGUAACAUCCUGCUCCAGUGCCCCAUGGAACACUGUCAGUACUGCACACCUGACAAGUACAAGCUGCAGGCUCACCUCAAAACACACUUUGACAACGAGAAGAAAAGCUUUGCUUGCCCUGUGUGUGAGGAAACGUUCACUGAAGAUAAACUUAAACAUCAUAUCAAGAACUUUCAUCCAGAUACGCCGAUGAACACCAUCUCCGAGACGCUUGGGGUGAGGGUGCAGAUGAAGGGCUUGAUCGGGAAGAGAGCUUCUAAGUGUCCUUACUGUGACAGCUACUUCAUGAGGAAUGGCGCUGAUCUGCAGCAGCACAUCUGGGCUCACCAAGGAGUGAAGCCCUUCAAGUGUUCCCUGUGUGACUACGCCAGCCGCAGUAAGAGCAACCUGAAGGCCCACAUGAGCAGACACACCACGGAGAAGACACACCUGUGUGACAUGUGUGGCAAGAAGUUCAAGUCCAAGGUCACUCUGAAGAGCCACAAGCUGAUGCACACAGAGGACGGUAAGCAGUUCAAAUGUACAGAGUGUGAUUACAGCGCUGCACAGAGACCUCUACUGGUACGACACAUGGAGCAGCACGCCUCUUUCAAGCCCUACCGCUGUGGCCACUGUCACUACUCCUGUAACAUAGCAGGACCCCUGAAGAGACAUUACAGCAAGAAGCACCCCAACCAGGAGUACUGUAACGCAGGGCCUGGACCAGCCACCUCUGAGGCUGUGGAGCAGCAAGGUGGAGUGAAGUGUCCCGUGUGUGACUAUGUGUACGGUACCAAGUGGGAGAUGAACAGACACCUGAAGAACAAGCAUGGCCUCAAAGUGAUUCAGAGUGACGUGCUUGGUCUCAACCAAUGGGAGGUGGUGGAGCAGUCGGUGGAGGAGCCCCUUACCCAGUACCUUCACAUCACUGAGACAGAGGACCCUCAGGGGACCGAAGCUGCCGUGUCGGCCCUCCAGGACCUCAGGUUCACAGAGAACGGGGUGGUGUCGACCACCACAGAAGGGCUGGAUCCCACAGCGGUUAACAUCCUGCAGCAGAUCAUUGAGCUGGGGGCAGAGUCUAAUGAUGCCACAGCAGCCUCCAUGGUAGCCAUGGUCCCUGGCAGAGUGACUGUGGUGGAGCAGGUGACUGAGGAGGAGGAGCAGGGGAGCCACACUGUGAUGAUCCAGGACCCCUUCCAGCAGACAGCCUCCAUGGGGCUGGGUGAGGAGCACCAUCUGGUGGUGUCGUCUGAUGAUGUGGAGGGCAUGGAGACGGUCACCGUGUACACUCAGGGAGAGGACGCCUCCCAGUUCAUUGUCUAUGUCCAAGAGGCUGUGCAGACCGAGGAACAUACUGUGGAAUCUAUCUGAGCAGGACAGAGCGUUGGUGCAGGCAUGGAGGAGCAGUCAACAGUUUCAUCCCGGGUCAUUCAGUAGGUGGAAGACGGGGAGAUGUUACCUGAACUUGUCCAAUUAGAACAUAGAUUUGUAUUGUACCGUUGCUAGACAUUUUUCUACAGUGUGCCCUAUUGAACUCCACCCUGGCUUGCUCUAUGAAACCCACAACCAAUCUCCAAUGGCUUUGAUUGGAAUAACAUAGUGGCUUGAAAUGUAUCAUUUCAUCGCGUAUGCCUUUUCUCUGUGAUUUAGCAUUUCCUUAUGUUAAUUCAACUUAAUACAUCAAAGGCUUUUCUUAGAAAACAAGAUUGGAAUGUACUUUUUAUACAAGUGUAUAAGUAAUUUAGUAAGGGAAUAAAAUGUGGAUAAUUCAAAUAUUCAUGGCGGGAUUCAAUCUGUAACGCUGUCGACAAUGAGCCUUUGAAAGGCUAUGUUACCGCGUUCACAGAGAUCCCAUUCAAGGCAAACGCUGCAGAGGUCAUGUUAAUCGGAAAUGACCUUUUAAAAUGACAAGAGCCUUUUCAGAUUGCAUCUCAGCCUUACUUAGCUUACAACAUAGUUGCAGUUUUGGCAUGAUGUGCCUUUAAUGUUUACAACGGAUCAUUUACAGGACUGGAUUCUUUAUAGGACUAGAUUGUUGAUCAUGCUUUUCUAUACACCCCCCCCAUCCUGUUGACUAAUAUUUCUACACCUAUUGGAAUGGUAGUCAAUGAACAAUUAAAUGGAUCAUGACAAACUCAA